AUGGGCAGCCGCGACUCUGUGGGCGCAUGUGCUGACGACUGGACCGACCACCGCCUUGUCAUCUCGAGGAUGAGGCUCAGACUGCAGCCUCUCAGGAGACGACAAGGUAAGCGACCACCAGGUAAGUUAGAUACUGUUCUGAUGAUUUUGCCUGCACACAACUUUGAUUUCAGCGAUCCACCGACCCAGCGAUUAAAAGACCUGCAAGGUCCAAAUGAAAACUCCACCGUGGAGACUCGAUGGUGUGAACUGCUGGACGAUAUGCGCCCCACUACCCUGGACGUCCUUGGGCGCGCCCGUCGUCAAUACCAGGACUGGUUUGAUGACGACGAUGCAGACAACAACGAACUGCUCACUGAAAAGAACGGACUGCAUAAAGUCUACAUUGACCGUCAGACCGACGCAAACAAAGCGCCUUUCUUUAGAUUUUGCCGUUUUGUACAGCAACGACUGCAGGAGAUGCAGGACGCCUAG